GUAAAUGCGAAUCUGAGUACAGCGGCGUAUGUUGUGAAAAAGUUUCACCAACAACCAAAAUUGUACAGCGAACAAAAACUAUAACUACACCAAUAAUACCGAGAACUACAGCAUCGGCCGCAAUGACUACAACAAAAGGAACAACAAGACCGUCAACUGCCUUUACAACCCAACUGACGACUACACCACCCACACAACCAACAACCAAACUGAAAAUACCAACGACAAAAUCGAAAACAUUGUUUACACCAAUUACAACAAAUUCGACAUCGGCAUUAACAACGGUUAGACACUUUGAAAAAGUUACUUCUUCAAAUACCAGAUUAACUUUAUCAACAAUUAAGUCGAUUACGCCAAGAACCACAUCAACAAGUAAUCCAAGUAAUGUUUUAAAAAGACAGACAACAUCUAUUACAACUGUACUUCCUUCUUAUAAAAUAUCUAAAUUGGUAAAAUUACAAACCGUCGUUAAUUCUCAAUUGAAAUCAACUUCCAAAAAACCAAAUGGUCUUAAUACAUCAGUGUGGAAGCAUGUCUUUUCGGUUUCAAAAAGUACAUUAUUAGCAAGAACAACAACUGUAAAACCGGUUCAAAGGCGUCCACUAGAUGUCAAUACGUUUAUAAGUACGAAAGCACAACUAGGAACAUAUUUCGGUAAAACAACACACAUAUCAAAUGGAAGGACAGUGCAGGUCAGCAAUGUAAGACUAGUGAAAACGACUAUUCCAUCAGCACUUCAAGCACAAAAUGGUCAAAGGACAACAAUUGCAAAGCAGACGAAUUUAUUUGUGGGUCACCAAACUAUAACUAAUGGAGCGCAUUCAAAAACCAAUUUUCUAUCUUACUACUCUCACAGUGGAAAAGGAAGUCAUGGUAUGUGCAUAUUUUGA